UCAAUUUUGAAGAAUUAAAAAAUUGGAAGCGGCCAGUUGCAGACGAAAAGAAAUAAUAUCAAAAUACUUAGUUACACGGAAAUCCUGCCAAUUAAGUUUAACCCGCAUGUACUAUCGGACCAUUUCCUCCAGCUCUCUAUCGUACCACCAACGUGCGCCGUAAUCAGCAACUUUACUAUUGGUCGACAGGGAAUUCUGUAACCUUCAGGGCGAGUCGAUCACGAGAGCGAGUGCUACAAUUGCUACACCCCGCGUCAAUCCCCCGCAUAACCCAUUACCGUCCCUGUCCGAGUUGUUUAUAUCCCGCGAUAUAACUCCGCUAGCCAUCGAGAACUCCCCUUUCCAAUUGUUCGAAUACAGACACCUACGAAUACUCCUACUAUUAUCUUGAAUUGAACUUCACAAACAGCACAAUGGGUUGGUUAUGGUCAACUCCCUCCCCUCCCCCAAAGGGACCGAAUCCUAACUCCAACACUCCUGAAGAAACCAACAAACCCACCCCCAAACCCGAAUCCGACUAUGGCGACCCCGAAAUAGCCAAAUUCAUGGCCCAGAUCCAAGCAGAAUUCGGAAGCAGCAACAGCGACACCAAACCCGCCGAACCACCUCAAUCCUCCGAGCCCGAGAAAAAGACCACAACAUCAAUACCAACAUACAAUCCCUCCACCACCUCCUCACGCUCCUGGUCCCGAUCCCUCUGGGGCCCCGCCUCCAAAACCGCCCCUCCGCCACCCGCUCCAACCACAAAAUACAUCUCCAACCCGUCCCGCGAAGCCAUAACCCGCGAGCGUCUAGACCCAAUCUCCGAAUCCCUCCUCCCGACAACAAUGUCCUGCCGCUCGGCCUUCGACGCCGCCUUCCACUGCAACUCUAUAGGCGGACAAUGGACGUCCGUAUACCGAGCCGGUGAAGUCCGUUCGUGUUCCGAACACUGGGAUGAUUUCUGGUUCUGCAUGCGCACGCGUACCUUAUCUUCUCCGCAGAAGGAGGACGCUAUAAAGGAUCAUUAUAGAAAGAAGGAGUAUGAGAAAUACUUUGCUCCGGGACGUCCUAGUAGUGAGGAUGUGUGGGAGGCGCGGACGGAAAGGGUAGACCCUGGGACGACGUUUACGGAGAGGUUGGAUUUACCGGAUAUGAGUGAUGAGGAGUGGAGGAAGAUGGAGUUAGAGAGGUGGCGGAGGGCUAGGGAGGCGCAGAAGAAAGAUUAGAAGAGGCAUCAUGGGAUACGAUAGGAUAAGGUUGUAUCAUUACUAUUAAUGUGUAUGAAUUGAGUCAAAUUAAGGACUAUGACAAUACAUGAAUUGUCUAUCUAUGAGUGCCACGGCGUCGUGAUAGUUUGUAACUAUGUGUGUACCACAAGAUCAACGUAUACACCCUAUUCAAACUUAAAUACUCCAUCACCAAGAAACACAUUAAA